GCGGCGGCACCAGCACCGCCACCAGCACCAUGACCCUGGGCUGCAGCAGCGGGAGUAGCCGGCCCUGUGGCUUGCUGGCGGCCGCCUCGCCGGAGGAGGAGGAAGACGACGAGGCGCCCUCCGAUGUGGAGGACGCCGACAUCGACGUGGUGGGGCCGCCGCACGAGCAUGGCCAGGCCAAGUUCAGCGAGGACGACGACGACGAGGAGGAGGAAGAGGAAGACGGCGACGACGACGACGACGACGGCGAGCUGCGCCUCCUUCCCAAGCAGGCGGCCCGGGGGAGGCUGUCCCCAACCCCCGGAGGCGCCGAGGCCGCGCUGGGGGACAGCCACCCCACACCAACGGCUCCCCCGGCGGCGGCGGCGGCGGCGGCGGCUGCCUCUUCCUCCUCCUCCUCUUCGUCGUCGUCCUCUGGCGGCGGCGCUUCGGGGGGCGGCAAGAACCCGCUGGUGAAGCCGCCCUACUCGUACAUCGCGCUCAUCACCAUGGCCAUCCUGCAGAGCCCCAAGAAGCGGCUGACGCUGAGCGAGAUCUGCGAGUUCAUCAGCGGCCGCUUCCCCUACUACCGGGAGAAGUUUCCCGCCUGGCAGAACUCCAUCCGCCACAACCUGUCGCUCAACGACUGCUUCGUCAAGAUCCCCCGCGAGCCGGGCAACCCGGGCAAGGGCAACUACUGGACUCUGGACCCGGAGUCGGCCGAUAUGUUCGACAACGGCUCCUUCCUGCGCCGGAGGAAGCGCUUCAAGCGGCAGCAGCAGCAGCUCCACCCGCAGCCGCCGGAGCUCCUCUUGCGCGCCGCCGCGGCCGCCGCCGACCCGGCCGCUUUCCUCCCGGGCUUCGCUUAUGGACCUUACGGCUACAACUACGGGCUGCAGCUGCAGAGCUUCCACCACCACCAUCACCACCACCACCACCCGGCUGCUGGAGGCGGCGGGGCGGCGGGGACCUUCCCCUUCCAACCUGCGCCCUGCGCCCUGCCCGCCCCGCCGGGCCCCGGCGUCUCGGCGUCCGCCCCGACGGUCUUCUCCAGCGGCCUCUCCUCUUUCCUAGGCGGCGAUCUGAGUUGCAGGAAAGCCUUCUACUCCGCCGGGCAGCUCAGUCCCACCGCAUCGCUCCUGCAGAGUCUCAAGACGGACCAGGGCACCGGCAGCAGGCCUUCCUUUUCCAUAGACAAUAUCAUUGGCGGCGGCGGCGGCGGCGGCGGCGGCUCGGCCCCACCGCCGUCCAGUAGCUCCACUACCACCGCGCCGGCUUCGCCCUUCCCGGCGGGCCACGCCGGUGGCCAAGCGCAGGUCCUGGCUAUGCUCUCUCCAGCUCUGACUCCCUUACCGAACCAUUUGAACCUGACCCACGAAUCCCUCCUGCAGACAGGACAGAACUUUUCCAGUAAACUCACAAACCUCAACAGCUGUCCUUUUUAAAACUCAAUCAACCACAAUGCCCCCUCCCCCAUCCUAAAACAACAGCCCUCGGUCUGUUUAUCCGCCCCCCUCCCUUCUCUCCACUCUCACAGUUGCCCUCCUAUUGUGUUUUAAAAGGUAGGAACUCUUCCUUUUUUGAGACUGUUUGGCGUCUGGAUCGAUUUUGUGUGUGUGUGUGUGUGUGUGUGUGUGUGUGUGUGUGU